AUGGAUUUGUGGCUCCUUGCACUCCUCCUGAUGCUCGUCGGCUCGGGUUCGGCGAGGUUCUUCCAGCCGUUCAACGUGAGCUAUGACCACCGGGCUCUGAUCAUCGAUGGAAAGCGCCGGAUGCUCAUCUCAGCCGGGAUUCACUAUCCACGAGCGACGCCCGAGGUGUGACACCUUAUACUUUCUUCUGCUUGUAACGACUUUGCAUGGAGUCCAGUGUCCGACUUUGAUCCGCACGAACCCGAACGAUUGUAUGUCAAAAUUACCGCUGUCUUCUCUGUACCACGAGAUAUUUCUUGCCUCUUUAUUUCCACUUUUUCACCAGAUACAAAAAUUUACUCCGUGUUCACUGUUUUCUCCAAUACCAUUUCCUCAUAUUCGUAAUAGGAGAACAAUUUUCUUUUUAAACAUAAGUUUAUCGUCCCGCCUUUCCCUUGUUGCUGUUUUUAUUGUACGCGAGAGAUUGAAUAAUCUUCUUGGCGUUUUCCUUUCCUCACUUGCCCUACAAGUUGACUGGAAAUUCUGGGUCUUGAGAUCUCACGUAUAACAAUGGUCGACAGAUGUGGCCAGGGAUAAUCGCCAAAAGCAAGGAGGGAGGGGCAGAUGUGAUACAGACCUACGUAUUCUGGAAUGGGCAUGAACCUAGCAGGGGCCAGGUAUCAAGCAUAUUUUGGCCUAUGUGAGUCCAGGUUUCUACCUGAAUUCUAACGCUGCUUUAUAUUUUGUCUUGUUUCCUCAGUACAAUUUUGAAGGAAGGUAUGAUCUUGUGAAGUUUACAAAGUUGGUUGCUUCAAGUGGCCUUUAUCUUCAUCUUCGGAUCGGCCCAUAUGUGUGUGCGGAAUGGAAUUUCGGGUACUUUUCUUGUGUUGUGUUGUCAUUUUGUCUUGAAAGCGUGGAAAGUAUUCCUGUCUGUUCUGUGGCCAGGAAAAAAAACCCAAAAAAAUUAUAUAAUUAGUUCACAAUAAACUUUUAAUAUCAGCAAUGAAGAUCUGUUUGUGUGAUGUUAGUCAUUUCUGAAACCAAGGAUUAUGUGUUUCUGAAACCAUUCAUGAUUAUAAGUAGGAUGGUAGCUGUCAUAUUUGGUUAUGAAAAAUAUUCAAGCGUGUGAUCUGAAAACCACGUCUGUUUUCCAUAUGCAUAUCCAUAUAGGAAAAUGUGCACUAAACGCCAUGAAGAACAUAGUUGAACAGACUGGCCCUCUUUUGACAUAUCACAGAUGGUACCGCCUAGAGCAGACCCUUUUUUUUCAAAGAUAUAACCUGUAAUCAAGUGUUUUUUGAUUAAGUAGGAAACUGUGGAAAACUUAAAUAAUAGGUCGCAGUAAGCGCUGAUGACCUCUUAGUGGUUCAGACAUAUCAUCAUCAAUAAUAUUUCGUAUGUUUUGAGUCCAUCAUGUAAUUUUUCUGUUAGCUAUAGAUGCUGGAAUAUCUUCGCAUUGAAUUCAAACCACUACUGAGAUACUGUUUUUCAAAAUGAGCCAUGGGAGUUGACCUACGGGUUUGAUGCCUUCAUUUUGUUUAAAAUUAUCAUUACAGCCAUUGAUGACAUUAUAAUCAGUUGAUACUUCUGUCUGUUUUCAAUUAAUUAUGGUUUCGCAUUGGUACCCUUUCCACAUAUAAUUCAGAGUAUAUAUCAUCUUUAGUAAGCUCCAUGAUUCAUUAUCUGUCCAAAUUUUUACUCUCACACUUGCUGUCAUAGAAUGGAAAAUAGUAAGAUCACAUGAUUUGAUUUAUUGCAUGAGUCCAGGCUUCUGAUCCUAUCGUUGCAUGUAGAUGGGGGUAAUUACGCGUAUUUACUGUGUUAAGAAAGCCAUGCUAGGGAGCAUGAUCAUUCAUUUUCCUGAAGAUCUGAUUAAGGUCAUGAUUUAAUGCUACCAUACUCGCGUAAUUAGUAAUCCUAUUGAUUAAUGUCAUUUUUUUAAUUCAUCGUCGUUGAUGGCAGGGGAUUUCCAAUUUGGUUGCGUGACAUCCCUGGCAUAAAAUUUCGAACUAACAAUGAGCAGUUCAAGGUAUCUUGUUUCAAAUUCAGGGAGUACAUGGCGAAAUCAUAAAUGGAAGUACAUUGUAUCAAUAAUUUUCUAUAGUUUCUAUUACUUGAUUAAUUUUUAGUCAUCUUAUGAUGGUAAUUUAAAUGCCAUUGGUCUGUUAGUAUCACUAUGCAUUGGCUAAUGGCUCAUACUGGAAAGGCUUCAAAAGUACCACUGAGUUCGCAUUUUGUGUCAUCCUUUUCCUAGUCAUUUCGUUGUGAUGAUUUUUUUGCUGAACAACCACCACAGAAUUAUAUUUUGGGGUAGGAUGGAAAUCCACACAUCGAAUUUUAGGAAUGAUUUAUUCACAUAAUAACUUUUUUGUGAAAUGAAUAUCAAUGCCAAAUAAAUCUGAUGACAUUUACCACAGACUGAAACAGGCGUCACCUUGUCAACGUUUCCAAUUAUAUUUAUGAUAUAUCUUAUACAAACAUGUGAAAAAUUCAGCAUAAUUUGCCACAUGUUUGUAUAAGAUAUAUCAUGAAUAUAAUGCCUUUUUAUACGUAAUUUUUGAGAUUUUUUGUGUUGAAAAUCACGAAAAAUGAAUGAUCUACUGCCGAUCAGCAUUACUUCUGCUCAUUUUUUUAUUUUUAAACACGCCAAUACUAUCCUUUCUUUGGCAUUUGUUUUGCUCUCUUUGCAUACAUGAAUGAUUCAGGAGUUAUGCAUGAAAAGCAGCUCGGAUUGGAAAAUUGAUGGGUGUUUGGUUGUUUUUGGUCCGAUCAUUUCUCUGUCUGCAGAAAGAAAUGCAGAGGUUUGUUGAAAAGAUUGUGGAUUUGAUGACGCAGGAAAUGCUCUUUUCAUGGCAAGGUGGUCCCAUCAUAUUAUUGCAGGUAUAUUGACAGUUUAUUGGUACAGGUUUAAAUAUUAUCAACCCUAUCCGUUUAUUUGACUCUACCGUAUGAGUGCCAAAUCAGAUUGAACGUCAUUAAAAUCUUCCUUUUGUAAUAAUCUAAUAUCAGUUCAUUCCAGAGAUGGGUACAAUGGGACUAAGUAGAUAAUAUCCAAAAAUAAUCACAAUGUAUAAUAUUUUGGUCAAUCGGGCUAUAUUUGUGUGAUUCAUUUAUGGAGCCAAAUAUUAUUUGAUCAGUUUUAAAAAAAUCUGUCCAGGAGAUUGAGUCUUAAAUAAUAAUAUCUUAGAAAUUGAAAAUAUCAGGAAAGCCGUUUGGUUUAUGGGAUCCGAAACAAGUUAUUCUCAUACAAGGAAAUAGUUUUCUUGUACAACAGUUGCUGACGUAUUAUAGCUCGAUAACUGUGUUUUAUUCAUCUGGUAGAACCAUUUCUUCCAUAAAUCAUUAGGAAGACUUAGUUACCAUUUCAUGUGUUAGCCAGGAAACUGACAUAGUCAACUGGCCAGGCAUGGUAAUAUGUCAAGUCUUCGACAAUUUGAGCGAAAAAUUGUAAACUCUAUCCUGACAUGUUCUUUUUUAUAUCCCCAACAUCCAAAACUAAGAAAAUGUCUGACCUCGCUAGAUUUUCAUGUAAGGAAUUUAAGUGCAUUUUUCUGAGAAUUUUUAUAUUUUCUAGUGCUGAAUUUUUGGGAGCACAUUUGUAUCUUGCCAUUUCAGUUGAUCACUCAAAUUUUUAUUGAUACAAAAUUUUAAAUAACUGUCGACUGUAUUCUUUGAAUAAAAAAUAGGAACCUGAUAUAAUAUUGACAUUUUGAAUUGUUGAACAGAUUGAGAAUGAAUAUGGCAACAUUGAGAGUUCUUUUGGAAAUGAUGGAAAGCAGUAUAUUAAAUGGGCAGCGAGCAUGGCACUUAGCCUAAAUGCUGGUGUUCCAUGGGUCAUGUGCAGGCAAACCGAUGCUCCUGAGAACAUUGUAAUGCCGAGAUACUGUUAAAUAUCUAUGGUUGUUGUAAUGUCUCUGAUAGGAGUAUUUAUCUAUUUCGAGAGUAUGUGAGAUGGGGUAUCUCCAUUUUGUUAAAUUAAGUCGUGCUACUGAUUCCAAUCAUUUUUUUCACAGAUAGAUACCUGCAAUGCAUUUUAUUGUGAUGGCUUUAGGCCAAAUUCUUAUAGAAAGCCAGCAAUGUGGACCGAGGAUUGGAAUGGAUGGUAAGAAUGUAGGGUUUAUUUUUAUGUUCUCCUUUCUUGAAACGUCCAACAUAAAUUAUCUAUGACCGUCGGUACUUUAAUUUUAAGUUUCAACAUGACUGAGGCUUCACCAUCGUUUCUCUUGUAAAUCCAUUUUUUUUGUUCGUCUGAUAAUAAAUCUAGGAGGGGAAGCUCUCGGUGGUGAAAAUGCCAGUUUCUCUUGAAGUUGAGAUUUCAUGGAAAAACAUAUUUAUGUUUUUCAAAAGGUUAUAUUCAUCAAAAGGUUCAUAACCUGUAUGCCUCAUUUGAGUUGUCUACUUAGUCAAGAUAUCAAAAGGUCAGCAUUCACGUUAGGGGGAGAUGUACUAAAGUAGCAAAAGUUAUAUUGAAGGGGGACGGUCAAAUAUUCUGAUUAAAUGCCUGACUUCUCCCCUAGUUAAUCACUUUUUGAGUAAAAGGCCGAUUCUAUUUAGUUAUAUUGAAAUAAAUAUAAUAGGAAUUCAAAUGCAGCAAAAAAAAGUUCUACUUUGAAUCUCGAGCUGAUGAAAAUUGAUGAAAAUUCUGUGAAAAAUUAUUUUUCCAAAGAGUAUUCUUGCUCAUUUCGUAAGGUAACCAGAGUUGAUAAUUUUUCAGAAAAUAUAUAGUUACUUCCUAUUAAUGUUCUGUGGAUUUAUUUUUUUACUUCCAUUGUGAAUCCCAUGGUCCUUCUGCCAUAAAGAACUUUAUAACCAGAGGUUUUUAAAAGUUUCCAUUUUUUUGAGGCACCCCAAGAAUUUCAAACGAUUUAGAAUUUUCGCGACAAUGUGCUUAUAAUAAAAAAACGAAUUUUUACUUUACACAGAAGUUUCUAUUAGCAUUUUUUCUACUUCUCUGAAUUUCUCGCCGAAUUGAUUUUUUUUAUUUGAAAUAAUGCACGUAUGUGUCUCCAGAGUUUUAUCUAUAUUUAGGUGGAUAGUCAUAAAACUGAAAAAAUGACUAUUAUAUGCCUGAUCUUGAGCUUACAUCUUGAGCUUAUUUCCAUAGAGCUGUUGCAUGGUUUUCUGUUACUCCCUUUUUAUGAAAUCCUUGUGCUUUUAGUCGUUAAGUUUUAACAUUCUUGUAUUUACAAUAGUACGCUUCUGUUUUUUAAGGUAUGCCUCGUGGGGUGGUAGACUGCCUCACCGGCCUGUUGAAGACAAUGCCUUUGCUGUAGCCCGAUUCUUCCAACGUGGGGGAAGUUUUCAUAAUUAUUAUAUGGUAAGAGAUGAAGUUACCAUUUACGAAUUUUUAAUCAGUUGAGAGCUGAGUUUCAGAUUCCGUCUUAUUUGAGAGGAAUUAACUUCCUGUAAGACAAUUUUUUUUCUAUAAAGUGAAUGAUGGAGUCUUUAUAUAUAUUUGUUUAUAAUUUGCAUAGCUCCAGCUCCAUAAAUGAGAAGGAAAAACUAAUAUUAAGAAUAAUUUGAAUGUUUGAAGAUGCUGAUCGAGGAAAUUGAACGGUGUUUAUUUAAAGCAUAAGCUUUCUGUCGUUGGAAUAUCGCUCUAAUUACCCGGGAAAUGGAUGACAACUAAUUACAUCUCUUUGUGGCUUCAUUCUUACGCCUAAAAUUUAUAUUAUUUUUUUAACUAAUGAUUUUUAUUUAACGUAUACAUAGUUUGUUUGUGUUCCUAUAAUGGUUUUUAAUGGGGAACGUCUGUAUAAAUAGAUAACUUUUUUACUGGCGUAAAAUUCCAGUUUUUUGGAGGAACAAACUUUGGCCGGACAGCAGGUGGCCCUCUCCAAAUAACUAGUUAUGAUUAUGAUGCGCCCAUUGACGAAUAUGGUAUGUGCACCGUUAACACCUGUACUGUUUAAUGGUUUCCGACUGAAGUAAACUCCUAGCCAUUCGGAUGUCAUAUUCUUGAUUAUUUUCUUUUGAAGUGCUAAUUUACUGGUCAGCCUGUAUUCUUACAUUGUUUUAGGCCUGCUAAGCUUUCCAAAAUGGGGACACUUGAAGGAUCUUCAUGCAGCUAUUAAGCUCUGUGAGCCAGCUCUUGUUGCUGUUGAUGAUGGACCCCAGUAUGCAAAGUUGGGACCGAUGCAAGAGGUGAGGCCCUGUAUGAUCAGAUCUGGAAGGUUCCAAGGCAUUGGUCUGAUGACUCAUAAGUGGCAUAUUAUCUCCCUGGCGUAAAUAUUAAGAUAGAUUUCUUUCUGCACCAUGUCUCUUUUAUGUAGGCGUAUAUCAAAUCGAUAAAUUUAGCAUCAUUCGGCAUCUUUCCCAUUCCCAUUCCAUUUUUCAGCCUAUCUACCAAGAUAAUGUGAUGUCGAUGAAUUAAAAUAUGAAUUAAAAUAUGUGAAAUUACAAAUAAUAUAAAAAUAAAAGUAACUAAUAUUUAAAAAACUAGACAAAAGUUCACAUGCCCUAAGUUUGAGAUCAGUUUGCUGCAGUGCCCUUAAUUGCUUACACAGUUUUCUUUUUAGUGGAUUUUCGUGAAUAAGAUGAUUCUGUUGAAUUAAUUUUACUAAAAAAAAUUUUCACUGUUUGAAGAUUUGUAUCCCCAGAUUUCUCGCAUAGAGGAAGGUUCCUCAAUUUUCAAAAUAAGUCUAUGUCCGUAAGAAUAGUAUUUGGUCAUCUUCCUUAUUACCUCGGUUUAUAUUUUCAUACAAAAAUGUUUUUUUAAUAUAAAAAACUGACUUCGAAUCAGUCCUUACACAGUCAUUCAAUACGAAGGACUAAAUUAAUUCAUAGUUUUCUGGAUAAAUUAAUUUGAAAGGGACUCAAAGGAGAAGCCAUUUAGUUUUGCCUCACGUCUAUUUAUCACAUCCAAGUGACUGUUGAGGGAAAAUACAUUAGUGGAAAAUAUUUAUUGGCACUUUUUCAUCAACUUGAUUUUCUAGAAAGUGAUAACGUUCUCACUGACGCUUUAUUUAUGUUCGAGAUUCAUUGGAUCAAAAUGUACGUGGGUGCAGGUUCAUGUAUAUUCGAGCAGUCGAAUAGAUCUUAACUCAAGUAUCUUAGAAGACAUCAAAUGUUCUGCAUUUCUCGCGAAUAUUGAUGAACACAAGACAGUGAACGUGAAAUUUCUGGGCCAAAAGUACGCUUUACCACCCUGGUCAGUGAGUGUAUUACCGGACUGUAAGCAUGUGGCCUUCAACACAGCCCAGGUAAAGUUCUGAUUUUUUUUGCCUUCGAUCAGACAGAAUGGACAGCUGGCAAUAAUGUAUGGCAUGAAUCAUCUGAUAUCAUUCUUUGUGUCCCUUCUAGACCCGGACCCAGAUGGCCUUUGUGAAAAAUGCACAUUUUUAUUCAGAUUCUGUUAUUCCUGCCUGAAAUUGAAUGAGACUCUGGCAACUUGUAAGCCUUACAUAAUUUUAUCCUUGCGUGUUUGCUGGCCUCUUUUGAAUUUCCAGCUUCUCUCAUCGCCUUCAACAUGUAUCAGUGAUCUCAUUAGCACUGUAUGGCGUGUAUUUCCAUAAAUCCUCCCUGGCAAUGAUGUCCACCCACGUUCCCUGGUCCCCCUUUCCAUAUACAUCUGUUGGCUUAUGUCCUUCAACUUGUCCGCCCAUAAGUAUGGGUGAAUUAAAUGAUUUUCUUUUUUCCUUUGCAUUGAGUCAACCAUGAUUUCUUUGCGAAAAUUUCUUUGUGGUUACGCCAUUUUUUUCUCCUAUUUUAUUAAAUGAUAGUUCUCUAAUGAUUUUGUCUUGAGAAUUCUACCACAUAAGGAACUAAAAUGAGCCUCGAAUCCCCUCAGUAUUAUCAAAUUUAUCUUUUCAUAUAUUGACAGACUUCUCUGCUGUGUGAUAUGAUUGGUUGACUGCUUCCUCACAAUGAGUUUGAUUGACAUGGCAUCCGCAGAAAUGCCCAAUGAUAUAGACAAUUUUAUAAUCAGCUAGUCUGUCAAUGCUGUCAUCUCUGUUUUUCAAGGUCAUCAAGAUCCUCUGCUCUCAUGUGUGCUCUUAUGUGGACAUGGGUACAACCACUCGUAAUGAAUAAUUCUGUUUAAGAUCCUACCCCACUUGUUUCUCUUGGUAACUAGGUGCUGACCGUCCAGGGUUUAUUUUGGUAUACUAUGGAAAAGACACAGAACUUCCCAAAAUUCUGUGUUUUCUUGAGAAGAUGUUUGCAUUUGGUUUCUUUUAGAAAGUAUCCUACCGGUUUUAUUGCGGUUCUUGAAAUCUUACCUACCGGGAAAAACACCAAAAUUUCACGCAAUCAACACAGCCUCAAAAUAUUUUAUCUAAUGUGUAAUUUAUUUAUGAUCCUCUUCUAUGGUUUAUGUGCAAGUGGGGUUAAAUGAGAAUUUAUGUUUUAUUUUGUUCUUUAAUACAUUAAUCUUGAUCUAUUCUCUUGUGUCCAUUUACAGCUCACAUCGCAGGCUUCAAUCAAAACAACUAAACAUGUUUCUAAAAGUUUUUCAAACAUACUAAAGGCGGGAGACAUGUUACCACAAGAAAACUCUGUAUCAAAUAGUUGGGUGUCUUUCAGAGAACCCAUUGGUGCGUGGGAGGGGAACAGUUUCACUGCUGAAGGCAUAUUAGAGCAUCUAAAUGUGACAAAAGAUAUCUCUGAUUAUCUUUGGUAUGUUACAAGGUACGUAUUCAGAUCAUUUUGCCAUUUUUACCCCACCCAACUGCGAAGUUACUGCUCUAGUUAAAGUCUACAUGAUUGUAUGGGAUGGAUUCCUUUUGGUAGCACUAAAACUGAAUAAGCCUUUUUACCCUUAGCCCUAGUUUUAGUGAUGACGAUUAAUCAUAUUUUCUUUGUUAGGGGUCUUUUUCUGUUGUCCAAAUGCUUUAUCCUAUUUUAAUUUCCGUUCGGUUUCCGGGAUCUUAGCUUUCCUUUUUACCCCAUUAUUUGAGCUUCUAAGGUAUCAAUAACACCCGAGUAUAAUUAAGAAUAGACUAAAAUAUUAUGACUGUACGAGAUAGUCUGGAAGAAAUUUCUCUUUAGUGACCACUAUAGCUAAAUCAUGCUGCUUUUCUGAUAAACUUUUGGCUUCUACACUUCUCUGUCCACAUGCAGUUUGACAUCUUCGUAUUUAUGCUUUUCAAACUAAAUGCGUUCAGAAUUAAUAUUUCUGCGGAGGAUAUUUCAUUUUGGGAGGCCACUCAUACGCUUCCCUCAAUUUUUAUCGACCAAGUACGUGAUGUGGCUCGAAUCUUCGUAAAUGGACAGCUUGCAGGUGCUGACUUAGCUUUCACUCUUUGCCAAUUCGAUUUUAUUCAAUUGAAUUAAAUUUUUUGUAUAUAUUAAUAUUGCAUUUAAUUUUUCAUAAAUAUUCUAAAAGAUAUAUUGGGUUUUCUUUUGUGUCUAAGAAAUAUGAUUUCGACAGUCAUUUCGAUAGUCAUUUCGAUUUAAAUCUUUGUUUAAAACUUACACAUGAUAAUUUUUUCCUCUUAUGAAAUUUAGGCAGUAAAGUUGGGAACUGGGUUCGCCUGGAGCAACCUAUUCAUUUAAUUCAAGGAGUCAAUGAUAUAGCUGUAGUAUCUGAAACAGUGGGCUUGAAGGUAUGUCCAUAUUGUAUAUUAUUUUCCAUGUAAGCGUACGAUAACAAACACAAAAUAUGCUCUUCGUAUUUGGUCGAUAUCUUGGACAAAAAUGAGCACAUUUUACAUUCUGGUAAACCAUUAUUGAUUUAUUUAUUUUUGGAUCUGCAAGCCAGGAUCAAUCGUGCUGAUGUUAUUCUAAUAACGUUAUAAACAUGGUGCUACUGAAAAUUAAAAGGGCGGAACGAAGUUCGAGAAUUCUUAUAGUAUGGUUAAUAGAGUAACCCAGAAACUUUCAAAUUGAGCCAAAUAGAUUGAAGAUGUGUAAUAUAGGGCUAUUUAAUGUUUUUCUUGUUCAAUGGCUGUGGGGAAUGGGAAUAAAAAGGGGUAUUACGGAGAAAAAAUUGAAGGUUGUUAUUGAAAAAGGAUGUCAACUUUGAUCAUGUCUGCAAUCAGCUGUGUUUCUUUGAGGAGCCUAGGUGUUCUUUUCACACCCUUAUUUUCCUCACGAGAGGGAAAAACUACUGAUUUUCCCAUUUCUUGAAUUUAUCGUUUCUCCAAGAACUUAGCUGUUUAUCUGUGUGUGAUUGUUUCUUGGCGGUUUCUGGUUAUUUGUAACUUAUAUAUGAAAAUUUGAUUUUGAUUCAUUCGGAUUUUAGAACUAUGGUGCCUUCCUUGAGAAAGAUGGAGCUGGGUUGAGGGGACGUAUAAAGUUGUCUGGCCUAAAAGGUGGGGAAAUGGAUCUGUCAAAUUCAAUCUGGACAUAUCAGGUAUUUUUUUGACCUUCCUGGUUUGGAAGUCCUGAAUUUAGUUGCUUUGCAUCCCGAUGACGUAGGAGGUUUUUUUCCAAACGGGAAAAAUUUCUAUUUUUUAGAAAUUCCGAAAGGUCUAUAUCCCAUGACCCAUGAUCUCUCUCUCUCUCUCUCUCUCUGUAUUAUCAUGUUAUCCUUUUGUAUUAGAACUUGCUUAGUCACUGGUUUGGUUGAAUAAAUAAUUCCUUUUUAAUUUUCAAUGCUUUCAGGUGGGACUUAAGGGGGAGUUCAAGAAAAUUUAUUCCUUGAAUAAUCACGAAAGUGUGGAUUGGGUUAACUUGACUGCGAACUCCAUUCCAUCCACAUUCACAUGGUAUAAAGUGAGUCAGAUACAUCUACUCUUCAUAGUUCUUUCCUUAUGUUUGAUUCCAAUGUCAUUUGGGUACACUUAAUUUGUCUAAUUCGUGAGGCAACAUAGAAUCAAGUAGUAAAAAUGGUAAACCACGUUGUAUCGUGCAAAAUUUAUAUGGCUUGAAAUGUUCGGUUCAUGAUGUGAUUUUUCAUCAUUUUUGGCUAAUGACGUGGGCAAGUUCAUCCUGUCAUUUUAUGUUUACGUAAGGUGUUUGAUAAUGGAUCAAGUUCCCUGAUUAAUGAAUCCAUUUCAUUACAUCAAAUCUGGGAGCUGGGAUCCUCAUCCUCAUUUCUCCCUAUAUUCACUUGGAUGCACCAUGUCGCUUCCUCUGUCAUGUUAUGGCAUGCUCCAUUGAUAGACUCUUUCUCUAAAUGGUUGUAUCAGGUUUUCUAGUGAUAUCUCUAAAAAAUAUCAAUUAUUUAUUUAUUUGUAUUUAUAUAUCUUGAAUAUUUAGCUCCUGUUCUCUUGCUAGUCAUGAAGAUGGAUAAAUGUUUAAAAGAAAAAGAACUUGUAUACAUGCUGCUAAUCUGGAUUUUCAUAUCCUGUCAGACCUUUUUUGAUGCCCCUGUAGGCAAUGAUCCUGUUGCAAUUUAUCUGGGAAGCAUGGGGAAGGGCCAGGCGUGGAUUAAUGGCCAUGGAAUAGGAAGAUAUUGGUCCCUGGUUGCCCCAAAACAGGGAUGUCCUAAAACCUGCAAUUACCGUGGAGCAUACAGUGAUGGCAAGUGCAUGACGAACUGCGGGAAACCGACUCAGGACAGGUGAUAAUUUGCAUUGUAGAGUCGUAAGAAGUUUUAAAAUAAUGAAAAGUUUUGCUUGAUCACAUGCAUUGAGAUCUUGCUUGAAUGGAUUGGUUCUGGAUUGAAGUCAGUAAAUAGUAUUAGACGCAUAAUUUUCAAAAUCACCUAAAAUAUUUAAUAGAAAAUGAUCUCUGUAACAACCGAGCUGUAGAACUCAAAAUUAAUUGAUAAAUAGUGUGUUAGUGCACCUAUUUAGAUCAAAGUAUUUAAAUGUUUAGUUUCAGUUUUUUUAUUUUUCUAUUAGUGUGUAAAACUGAUUCUCUCUCUCUCUCUCUCUCUCUCUCUCUCUCCCCCCCCCCCUCUUUUGUUGUGAGUUAGUGCCAUAAUGGGCAAAGAUUCUUUUGGUGUGAACAUCUUUUUUUUUUCCUGAUAUUUAACCCAUUACUUUGAACACCAUUUAAUAAAUAUAAGACCAGAAAUUUAUAUGUGUCUAUGGGCAGGGGACUUCCCAAGCCCAGCCUGAGGCCAGGCACGUUUUAUAAGGCCCAGAUCUGGCCAUGGCUCAGAGAAAACCCCAGAUAUUUGGUGUUGCACUUACAGAUUGUUAAAAAACUAUGUCCAGCACCUCUUCUUUGGUCACCCAAUUUCCUCUGAACUGAUGGGACAUUGCUUUUCUUUGUGAAAUUCAUGGAUUAAGACUGGAGAUAACUUACUCACCAACAGAUCAAAACCAUACUUUGUCCCAUUCCACAGGUUCCUCAUAAUCCCACUAAACACAUGCCACAUUAAGAAAUUUUCUGUAUCCUAUUUCCCAUUUCCAGGAAUCAUAUCACUGUCUACCAUAUUUACAUGUAUUUAAUUUAAAUAAUAUACUCAUUAAAACGUUGGAAAAAAAAAGUUCAGGUACCAUAUUCCAAGGUCAUGGUUGAAGCCGUCCAGCAAUCUACUGGUCAUCUUUGAGGAAACUGGGGGAGACCCAUUGAAGAUACAGCUCAAAUUACAUGCUACUGGCACGAUCUGCAGCAAAGUAUCAGAGACCAGCCACCCCCCUCUUACCAUCUGGUCCAGUUCGGAUGUCACAAGUGGCAAGACCUCAAUUGCUGAUGUGGCACCAGAAUUGCACUUGCAUUGUGAUGAUGGGCAAAUGAUCUCAAGAGUAACAUUCGCCAGCUUCGGAAACCCUACUGGAAGCUGUCAACACUUCUCUCUUGGCAAAUGCCAUGCACAAAGUUCUCUCUCAAUUGUUUCCAAGGUAAGAAAGAAAAAUGAAAAAUAAAAUAAUAUAUAUAUAUAUAGAUAUAUUUAUUUUUAUUAUGUUAAGCUUGCUCAGGCUUAAAUAGUUUCUUAUGUUGCUAAUUCGAACUCUUAAUCAGGCUUGCCAAGGAAGAAACAGCUGCAAGAUUAGUGUUUCAAGAACCACUUUUGGGGAAGACCCAUGCCGUGGUGUUGUGAAGACUCUGGCUGUAGAGGCAGAAUGCACGUCAUCCUUAGCCGUGACAAGUGUAUAG